AUGGAACAUAAACUUACUUUGACCAAAGAUGUGGAUGAAGAACUGGUAAAUCCAACAGAGUACAGGAGCAUUGUUAGCUACCUAAGGUACCUCACUCAUACUAGGCCCGAUAUUACUUUUGAUGUUGGUGUCCAUAGUAGAUUUAUGAAGAAGCCCACCACAAAACACCUCCAAGCUGUAAAGGAGAUUCUUAGAUAUGUAAAAGGAACUCUAAAUUAUGGUCUAGUCUAUUCUAAAGGAGGUGAAAAGGUCACUAUCUCAGGCUAUACACAUAGUGACUUGGCCAAAGAUGUUAAUGAUAGGAGAAGAACCGAGGGAAUGCCAUUUUAUGUAAAUGGAAAUUUGGUCACAUGGGCAUCUCAAAAGCAAAGGGUAGUGGCACUUUCAUCUUGUGAAGCUGAAUUCAUCGCUGCUACUAUGGCAGCUUGUUAG